AUGGAAGAUUUGCAGCGUACUGCCAAGGCCUACUUCGACGCGGCUGCCGAUAACGUCAAGCAGAUGGCGCGGGACUUCGUCGCCGAGAUGGACCACGACGGUGACGGCGCCGUGUGCCUCUCGGAGUUCCUCUGCUUCACCAAGGUCAAGGGCUACGGGCGGAUGAGCAACCCUCACUUCUUCAAGCAGCUCAACACCAGCGGCGCCGGGAAGCUCAGCUUCGACGAGGCCAUCGCGUUCUUCUACAUCGUCACGAGCGCCAGGCCUCUGUGCGACGGGUGCGGGCGCCUCGUGCUGGGGAUGUUCUUCACGUGCGUCAAGUGCUUCGACGACGCCGGCGAAGCCGAGGCGUUCAAUCUCUGCACCGACUGCUUCUCCCGCGGCAAGUACACGCACCCGCACGAUCACUUCUUGGACAACUUCGUGCUACUCGAAGCCAAGAGAAGAGAACUGAAAGAGGAAAGAAACGAGUUUCGGCCACGGGCGACUGAUGCUGAUACCUCCACGUCCCUCGUGAUCGUCCCCGUCGAUCCCGGCCACGCAAUAUUCACGCAAGUUUGCCGGGUUGCCAUUGACGUCGCUGUUGGGUUGGCGACCAGAUUCUGCACCAUAAUGUGA